AAGCUCCUUCAGUACUUGUCCACUGCUCAGGUAAUUAGGUACUUGGGUACUCCGUAGUGUACAAGGUGUACACGUGCGUCCCGCCUGCUUUGCCCGGCGUGCACUGGCCACAUUAGCCUCUACAGUGGAGGAUGGACGUCUCUGGAAUCACUACAGCAGCUUUGCUUCGCUAAUCACACUGCCUGGAAGCUACUGCCCAGCAGCACCCCACUUCACCAGGCUGAACCCCCCCAAAUUUUCGACGACGAUUUUCUCGGUGAAGCUUCCCCAAGGCUGAGGAAUCCGUACAAACCAACCUUUGCUUCCCCCACCCCACACCCGAUUUCAGUCACCGUCUCGAUCUCGCAGCAGAGUGUCUGAUCGUCACCACAUUCACCAUGUCGUCCUUCAGCCCGACACAAAUCUUUGAGGAUGGAACCACGGAGGAGAAGGGAGAGAAUGCCCGUCUCUCCGCUUUCGUUGGCGCUAUUGCUGUUGGCGACCUCGUCAAGAGCACCCUCGGUCCCAAGGGUAUGGACAAGAUUCUCCAGUCUGCUUCGACCGGUGAGAUCAUGGUCACGAACGACGGUGCCACCAUCCUGAAGUCUAUUGCCCUCGAUAACGCGGCCGCCAAGGUUUUGGUCAAUAUCUCCAAGGUUCAGGAUGACGAGGUCGGUGACGGCACCACAUCGGUGGCUGUCCUUGCCGCGGAGCUACUCCGUGAAGCCGAGAAGCUUGUCGACAAGAAGAUCCACCCCCAGACCAUCAUCGAGGGUUACCGGAUAGCCAGCCAGGCCGCCCUCAAGGCCCUCAAGGAGUCUGCCGUCGACCGCAGUAACAGCCCCGAGGCUUUCAGGAAAGACUUAGCGGCCAUCGCCCGCACAACCCUCAGCUCCAAGGUUCUGGCCCAGGACCGCGACCACUUCUCCAAGCUCGCCUGCGAUGCCGUCCUGCGUCUCAAGAACUCGUCCGACCUGAGCCACAUCCAGAUCAUCAAGAAGGCUGGUGGCAAGCUGAGCGACUCGUACCUCGACGAGGGCUUCAUCCUGGACAAGAAGAUUGGAGUCAACCAGCCCAAGCGUCUGGAGAAGGCCAAGAUCCUGGUGGCCAACACGUCGAUGGACACGGACAAGAUCAAGAUCUUUGGUGCCCGCGUCAAGGUGGGAACGACUAGUAAGCUGGCCGACCUCGAGAAGGCGGAGAAGGAGAAGAUGAAGGCCAAGGUGGAGAAGAUCAAGGCGCACGGCAUCAACUGCUUCAUCAACAGACAACUCAUCUACAACUGGCCCGAGCAGCUCUUUACGGACGCGGGCAUCAUGUCCAUCGAGCACGCCGACUUUGAUGGCAUUGAGAGGCUGGCUCUGGUGACGGGCGGCGAGAUCGCCUCGACCUUCGACCACCCCGACCAGGUGAAGCUGGGACAGUGCGACCUGAUCGAGGAGGUCAUUAUCGGCGAGGACACCCUGAUCAAAUUCUCCGGUGUUGCCGCGGGCGAAGCCUGCACGAUUGUGCUGCGGGGUGCUACGGAUCAGCUCUUGGACGAGGCGGAGCGCAGUCUGCACGACGCCCUGGCCGUUCUCUCACAGACGGUGAAGGAGCCGUGGACGACCCUGGGUGGCGGAUGUGCUGAGAUGGUCAUGGCCAAGGCCGUCGAGGGUGCUGCCACUCGCGUUGAGGGCAAGAAGCAGAUGGCCGUCAGCAGCUUUGCGGUUGCGCUGCGCCAGCUGCCCACGAUCCUCGCCGACAACGCCGGUCUUGACUCGGGUGAGCUUGUCGCACGUCUGAGGAAGGCCAUUUACGACGGCAUGACGAACUAUGGGUUGGACCUCCUGACGCCUGGUGGCGGCAUCACCGACAUGCGUGAUCUGGGCGUCGUGGAGAGCUACAAGUUGAAGAGAGCGGUUGUCUCGUCUGCCAGUGAGGCAGCAGAGCUUCUUCUCCGUGUAGACGACAUUAUUCGCGCGGCCCCCAGAAGACGGGAGCGUGCUUAAUUCAAGACACAGCGAUGACAGCAGCACAGGAAGGGUUCCCGGACAGGAUUAGGAAGUCAAGUAGAGGGGGGAAAAGUCGUAUUCUU